CAGAUCUUCUUCAUGUUUUUUUUCCCUGAAACUAAAGAAAUGGAGAUAUCCAGUGAUGAAUAUAAAGUGUUGUUCAUCUUUGAUGGUCUGGAUGAGUGUCGUCUGUCUCUGGACUUUAAGAGUAAAGUGAAAGUGUGUAAUAUAUCUGAAUCAGCCUCAGUGGACGAGCUGCUGAUGAACCUCAUUGUGGGGAAUCUGCUUCCCUCUGCUCUCAUCUGGAUCACCUCCAGACCAGCAGCAGCUGAUCUCAUCCCCUCUGAGUGUGUCCAUCGAGUGACAGAGGUAAGAGGCUUCAAUCAGCCACAGAAGGAGGAAUACUUCAGGAAGAGAAUCAGUGAUCAGAGUCUGGCCGACAGGAUCAUCUCACACCUGAAGUCCUCAAGGAGCCUCUACAUCAUGUGCCACAUCCCAGUGUUCUGCUGGAUCUCAGCCGCUGUUCUGGAGAAGAUGUUGAGUCGAGCAGAGAGAGGAGAGAUUCCCAAGACUCUCACUCAGAUGUACACACACUUCCUGAUCCUUCAGACCAACAUCAAACAUGAGAAGGACUAUGAGAAGAAGGGGAAAGAUGAAGACAUGAUCCUCAAACUGGGGAAAGUGGCUUUUGAGCAGCUUGUGAAAGGAAACCUGAUCUUCUAUGAGGAAGACCUGAGAGAGUGUGGCAUUGAUGUGAGAGAAGCAUCAGUGUAUUCAGGAUUGUGCACUCAGAUCUUCAGAGAGGAGUUGGGCUUGUAUCAGGGGAAAGUCUUCUGCUUUGUUCAUCUGAGCAUUCAGGAACAUCUAGCAGCUCUAUAUGUGCACCUCUCCUGGACAAACCACAACAGAAAUGUGUUUGAGCCAAUCACCAAACAGAGUUUACUGUCUAAAGUGAAGAAACAGUUUAAACUCAGUUCAUCAGAACAUGUUUCAUUAUCUGAGCUGCAUCAGAGAGCUGUGAAAGAGGCUCUACAAAGUAAAAAUGGACAUCUGGAUCUUUUCCUGCGGUUCCUUCUGGGUUUGUCAGUGGAGUCUCAUCAGAUUCUCCUUCAACGAAUAAUGAAGCUGAAAAGAAGCAGCUUUGACAGCAAUGAGAAAACAGUCGAGUACAUCAAGAAGAAGAUCAGGACCAUUGAGUCUCCAGAGAAAUCCAUCAAUCUGUUCCACUGUCUGAAUGAACUGGGCGAUCGUUCACUAGUGGAGGAAAUACAACAGUAUCUGAAAUCUGGAGGAAUAAAAGAAGCCAAUCUCUCUUCAUCUCAGUGGUCAGCUUUAGUUUUUGUGUUGUUGACAUCAGAAGAGGAACUGAAUGAGUUUCGUCUUGAUAAAUUUGUUAAAGGAAAGGAUAAUCCUGAAAAUAUGAAAGUUCUUCAGAAGUUGCUGCCUGUGAUUAAAGAAUCCAGAUCAGUUCAGUUGAGUGAUUGUGGUGUCACAGAUGAAGGUUGUGCUGCUCUGACUUCAGCUCUGAGAUCAAACCCCUCACACCUGAGAGAACUGGAUCUGUCUCUGAAUAAUCUAAGAGAUUCAGUGAAGCUGCUUUCUGAUGUACUACAGGAUCCUCGCUGUAAACUGGAGAAACUGUGGUUGAGUGAUUGUGGCGUCACAGAUGAAGGUUGUUCUGCUCUGACUUCAGCUCUGAGAUCAAACCCCUCACACCUGAGAGAUCUGUAUCUGUUUGGGAAUAAACUAAGAGAUUCUAGUAAGAAGUUACUCUCUGAUCUGGAGAUGGAUCCACAUUAUAAACUGGAGACAUUACUCUAUUGACUCUCAGUGUUUAGACGUCAGUUCAGUUUCCUCAGGAUCAGCUGAUGGUGAAUAAGGAGCCGCUUCAGAGUCACACAAUCAACACAGACUGUGUGAUGGGGACACAAGAAUUUAGAGAUGUUCAUUUUCCUGACCGACUCCUAACACUCGUUAUCUAAUUAUUGACUGUUGACAAAAUUAGAAUGUUACAUUAGAUUUAAAUUAAAUUGGAAUUAAUGUUUAUGUGACCCAUUGAAAGUGGACCCUUAACAGUUUCUAUUAAUGUAUUAUUAUUAUCUGUAUGACCAAAAUUCAUUUUCACUGUAAUAAGGAAAACAAAAAAUCCAGUGAUUGCACACAGAUCUCAUGGGAAACAUUUGUAUUCGUGCAGAAUGAGAUGUUAAUAUUUUUCUCUUUAAAUACUUUUUAUUUCUAGAUUUUUAUGUUGUUUAUAAUAAAUAAUUGUAUAGCUGCUUAUAUUUUCUGCUUUGUAUUUUACUCUGUUCUGAACACAAUA